AUGUCAGCUAUAGACUCUACUAUCGAUCCUGCUGGUGCAAUUAUCAAGAGUUUACGCGAUGUGCGUGAUCGGGAUCCAUCUUUACACCGAAUGGUGCCUGAUACUGAACCACGUACUCUUGCCCUUAUCGGUUCGUCGCGUGCCGGAAAGUCUACAAUUGUGAAGGUUCUCGGUGACAGUCUCUAUCGACCACCAGGACCACAACUUUACUCAGCUACUCGUCAACCGGAGCAGCAGUGGAUUGGUGGCCUACAAAUUGUAGACAUGCCAGGAUUUUAUGACAAACAGAAACACUUAAGUUCAUUACUGACUAAUGAAGCUAUUUUUGAACAGUUACAAAAUGUAAUGAGCACAGUAUCAAUCGAUCUAUACGCUUUUGUCUUCAGUCUUAUAAAUGGAAUCAAUGAUGAAGAUAUUCAAUCGAUGCUUGUUGUGAAAGAAAAACUACCUCAUCUUAGUGAGAGGAUGAUGUUGGUGGUGACACAUUGUGAAGAACUUUAUCAAGACCAAAAAAACGAUUUAAUCAAGGAUUUCUUUAACCACCCAGAUGUCGUUCAUCAUGACUUGCGUAAAUUUUUCAAGCAAGGUACUUUUUUCAUUGGCUGUAUUCGAUAUGAAUCGCUUAAGCAGCAAAAUCGACGCGCAAUAACCUUUGAACACACAAACGUUCUUCAAAUGCGAGAUUUGCUACUCGAUAAAUGUCUAAUAACAGUUCCUAACACGAACAACAACAACCAACAGACUGUUACAGCCAAUAAUGAUGUAACUCUCCCUCUUUAUCAACAAGGAGGUACACAUCACGAUAACACUGAUGAGCAAACAAUCAAGAAUUCGAGUUUUGGUGAAAGUGAUUGUUGCUUUUGUUGCUGUCAUUGCUUACGUACAAUUUUUUCUUGUGGAAAAACAUGUUUGUGUUGUUUUGCUCUUUGCCUCAUAGGUUGCUACUAUGUAGUUAAAAUGCUUUCCACCGCUUCCGCCGCAUCAGUACCUGAUGAAAAGAUAGCUGAUUGA